AUGUCGAGGAGUAUAAAGGCCAGGAGAAGGGCGCGGAGGAGACAUUCGUCUCCCCUGCAAGAAUUGGCGUCCCUUAGUGACUUGCAAGAGCUGCUUUUCGAGCACAUGAGAAGCUCAAGCCGGGGAGACGAAACAAUGUCAUACAAUGAAUUAGUCGAACACCUCACAUAUGCGUUCUUGAGGUACUACCCCCAGCAGGUCGCUCAUGUGCUGGAUAAGACCAACGAAGCCACAAACGACGCGCAGAAGCGGGUAGAACUGACGAAGGCUCUGAACCAGGCUUUGGAAGAGGUGAUGGACUGUCGCGAAACAAAAUAUGGAAAUUAUGACCCUUCACGAUUCAUGCCGAUACAGAAGCGGUGCGCCAGCCCGAUAGGCUUGGAUUCAGGAAGUGGUAGUACUAGUGAAGGCACUUGGGACCCCAACGAGAACAGCGGUGAGGACCAGCAAUAUGAGCAGAACAAUCCCUUGACUGAAUCAACGCCGAGCACUUCGAGCAUACGCAGUGGGCAGGAGCAGCAAGGUUCUCCUCAAACGCCGAGACACAUCGGGCCCCCUGAACCACCUAUGGACUACGAUCAAGCGAGUAGCGCAGAGCUCAAGGAUGAGUGUGGAAGACGUGGUCUGACGAAAGCGGGGACCAAGCGCGACUUAGCAAGGCGGCUGAAAGCAGCGGACGACGCCUACGUCACGCAUGACUAUGACUACCCGGUGUGGUUGGUGUCGGCGCUGAGGCUGGAGUGCGCUUAUUCAGGACUGGAUGACGAGGGCAGCAGAGAUACUCUCAUUAAGCGGCUGCAGGAUCAUCGGGACAAUGGCUCAGAUAACACCCCGCCCGUCUUGCCGGAUACUUCUUCUCCGCCUCCGCCCGAGCCUACGCCUCUAGAUACAUCCCGCUCUAAUAUUAGGCGUGGUCACAGGCCCGGCGGGGAUAAUCGCAGACCGAGGCGGGACUGGGUGUGGGAGGAGAUGCCGGAACAAGCCAGACUCAAGUGGAAAAGGCAGAGAGGGAUGAUAGAAAGGCAAAACCUGCUGCAGAGAGGUAUAAGGUACAUGGAUCCCGAAACCAAGGAGGUCACCCAUAUCAAUUACGAGUGGUACAGCCCGGGCAUGCACGGCGGCUUUCCGGGCGAAAUGGGUCUCAACCCGUCAGACCGCGAGCCCAAGCAGUGCCACGAGCCCUCCUUCAACGACCUCACCAUCACAAACCCGGCCUACUGGGGCGAUUUCUACCACGAACCCUGGUGGUUUGGCGACAACAACAGCAAGAGGCGCGUUGACUACGAUUGUGACCGCAAGAAGCGCGACGCCAAGAACUGGGCCCGCGCCCGCCGCAACAUGCUUGAUGAUCGCUACGUGCCCCUCGACAAGCUCAUGGCCUUUGAGCCCUACACGCCUGACACUAUCAACAGGGCAGCUGACGAUAUAAAGGGGCGAAAGAGGGAUCUGGUGCCGAGGGACACGCAAAUUAUCAAGAACUGUAAGUCAAGAGACAUAUUGCACCGAGCGUGGAACUACGACAGGACGCCUGCGGAUCUUGAGAAUCGCAAGGAUGCCUACACGCCGCCGCCGAGAUCCGUGUUCCCCGAGCCCUUGGUGCCUCAGCCAGAAGGCGAGUUGGCGCCGAUGGAUGAUGAUGACAAUAAUACGCCCACGGGAGGCAAGAACCCCAUGGAUCUUGAUUCAGACGAUCACUUUGCUAAGCCGUCGUCUUCUGGAACCGUAGUUUUCACGCCCUUGCCGUUGCAGCCCACGACUUCUCCAUCCUCCGGUUUAUUCGGAAAUACAAUUCCCGAGCCGGAACAUGUACGAAGGUUGUUCGCACAUAGCCCGCCGCGUACGGAUUUGUUUGGAACGGCACCCAAUGAUGAUGAUGAUGUCUUCAAGCUCACCAAGACGAAGGUUGAUCGGUUCAGCAAGAAGACGGAUGCGUCCUCUUCUGAAGACAACAAGACACCGCUGGUCUCCUCCUCUGGCAGCAAGAAGACGGGACUGGUGUGCCCUGCAGGCAAGAAAGGCAUUGGUGGCACUCCUGUACAGCUGCCUACUCCCGAUUCUCACACCAAGUUUCUGUCAAAUAUCAACGACAAGGCCGCUGCCGACGAAAAGCUGCUGUCAAAGUUGAAAGAAGCAUCCAAAGAUCCCGCCAAGGCAAUGUCGAUUCUGAAUAACAUGCUGUUCAGUCCUUCACUGUCAAGUUCUCCACCACCGAGUACAUCCACUUGGCAGGUAUCCCGGCCCGAUCCGAAGAAGGAGAAGUUCUUCCAGAGCUUCAAGGACACGGACUACUUGACACCGCCGCCCACAGAACGCAUCAAAACGCCUCCAACCUUAUCGCUCAAGAUGUGGUGCAAAAGCCUCGUCAGCCCCAUGACGCUGAGCGAGGAAGAUCAAGAGCGCUGCUUCUGGCAGUGGUGCCGACCGUCAAGUGGUGACGAUACUGUGGUCAAAAGCAUGGCCGUAGGGUCCACCACAGGAGACUUGGUGACUGAGUAUCGUGCUAAAUACGCGAAGGUGCCGGAGCAGGAGAAGCCGAAGCUGGAAGAGUGCCACAACGAGGUAGUCGACUAUUGCUUAAAGUGGUGGGCCAAUUCGCUAGAACGGGACGCCGAGUGGGCUGCAAAGGAGGCGGCGGAGCAGGAGCGGCUGGCGGAGAGAAGGAAGUCGAUAGAGGAAAUGAACAAGAAGCUAGAUGGUAUUCUUCAGAAGCAGGCGAAAGAGAUGGAAGAGAUGAAAAGGGUUGGAGAGUAUCUCGAUAAACCUAAAGCCGAGAUCAUGAGAAAGAAGUCGAUACAGCAGCAGCAGCCGAAAUGCCUUGAUGAAUUGGCUAAGCCGACAACUACUACCAACGGCGACGAGGCAGUAAUUACUAGUACUGAGGAGCCGUCCGGUGAAACGAGAAAAAUGAGCUUCCCGCCCGACCUGGAAGUGCACACUAUCGAGGUGCACAACCAAUUGUACGCUAAUCUGUACAAGAAGCCUCAUGGCAAGUCGAGUACCCAAGGGACGCAGGUAGUGCCACCCCAGUCUCUUACUCCUAGCAAGGACUGGGCAAAGCUGAGGGAUGAAGCGCUCGAGGCUCAAGAUGAUGGGGAGACGGUGGUUGCUGGCUGCGAAGACCGCAAGAAGUCAGUUGAGGGUAUGUUCCCCGGAGUUCAUGUUGUUGGAUACACGAGUAAGGACGGCGAGCAGAAAGAUAAGAAGCCCAAGGGCGACAAAUCCUCGACCCCCGGGUCAAAGGGCGAGAAGCCCAAGACUUUUAAGGAACAGAAGGUCAAGGAACGGAAAUCGGACCGCAAGAAGCCAAGAGACAAUAUGUCCUUGUCCUCGUCCUUAAGCCUCGAUUCAAGAGACGAAAAGCCCAAGAUCUCCAAGGAGCAUAGGUCUAAGGAGCGAAAGUUGAAGGGCGACAAACCCAAGUCCAGUGGAAUCGCCCCCUCCCACCCUCGGAAGAAGGACACAAGCAAGACCCUCUCCCCCAUUCAGAAGAAAGACUCCGGCACGACUGCCAAGAAGCCCGACGAUGGCUCCAGCGGAAUUUUCGACAUAAUAAGUUCCAUCAUUCGUUGGUUCGGCCGGGACAUGCCGGAAAAGGAGACGCUCAAGCUGAUGGAGAAGACACUGCCCAAGAAAGACGCCGACGAGAACAUUAAGAAGUCGCGAAAGAAGCAGAAUCGAACUGCUGCUGCUGCUGCUGUUCCUGUUGUUCAACUCACCACUUCCGCCUCUUCCCCGCCAAAUAAAAAGAGCGACACGCCCGCCUUCGACAAGAUGGUGGAACCAUUGUAUCUCCAAAGCUUGGUGACCGAAACGAAGCGAAAGUUCUCCGACCCCGACGCGGACAUGUUUGGCCCCUCGACCAAGAAAGCAGAUGUCGAAACCGGUAUUUUCGGCGCCGAGCUGUCAUCAACAGCGUUGGAGCCUGUCGGAGGACCUACUGAUUUAUUCACGGGACCCGAAUCGCUACUGCCGGCGGAUCCAGACACGAAUUUGAAUUUUGGGACCGCCCCUUCGUCAUCGUUGGGCUCUACCACGGAGAAGACAAACGUGUUUGGACCGUGUUCCUCUGGAACAAAGCGCCACGAACCAAUUUCGGUUGGGGUUCACCCGUCUUCGGACUUUAGGAAGAGGAAGAGGAGUAUAGUUUCGCCUUCGCCUCAACCAAAGUCCAAGAAGCCAUGUUCGUUUGAAUCCAACGUCCCGCCAUCCGUGUCGGUGACGAACAUAUUUCGGCCGCCCUCUACAACGCUAUCUGACAUCGAGAAUUUUCCGUCUAGUUUCGGCAAAGUGCCGUCUUCCGGAACACAGACAGACGGUGAUGGCGGCACUGAAUAUUUCGGAACGACGACAGGAGCGGGACAGCGAACGGAGUCGGCGCCCACCGGACUGACUUUCCCACCGCAGAAGUCCAAAGACAAGAGCAAGGACAAUGACACAUCCAAGCACGAAUCCAGGACCGAGGAGAAGAGCAGCAGCAGUAUCAGCAGGAAGAAACACCAGUCUCAGCACCCUGCAUCCUCGUCUUCCUCUCCCUCCCAAAAGGCCACCGUCGACGCCGCCAAAACGCAACCCCCCACCGACAACGGCAUGGCCACCAUAAAAGCCAGCAUGAAACCGCAACACGAGUCCUGGGCCUCAGGUCCGAUCCCCGGAAUCAACAAUGCCCAGCCUUCAAGCCCGAGCGCAACAAAUAAACGAAAGUACGACUCGCUCUUUUCCGCUCCGGAAGAUGACGAGGUGUGGAGAUGGGACAAACAGGCAGCCAUGCAGCUGCAGACUGAUAACAAAGGCAAGGGCUGGAUGAGUCCCCGCAUGAAGCGGGUGGUGACCAAGACGUUGAAGGACGUGGACAAGAGUAGGAGUCUUUCGGCUUUGGGGAAGGGCUCGAGAAGUAGUCAUCAAGGGAGUGCUGAGGCAGGGUAG